ACUAAAACGUCAAAUCCCUCAUAUUGCCAGUGUACCCAAUAUUGCUGCGGUUUACUGACAUUUUGGUUCAAUCAAUUACUGUUGUGUACAACUCGGUGCGGUUAUAUAGUCGAAUAGUGGCUAACUUUAAACUCCAUGUUAAAUGUGAACACCUCCAUGUGAAACCGGAAUAUGAAAAUCGCUCAUGCAGUUAGAAUAAAGCAGCGCAUUUUUCGAUUUCAAUCCUCGUAAAUGAUAUGUUGAUAAACAAAUGACGCCAUAUUGAUUUUGAUUUUGGGUAGCCUAUAUUCAAUUGAUGUCUAACCCCUGGUUCAAACAGAGGUCACAUUCAGUGCUCUGAUGCGAUUGCUAGCAGACCGUGAUUUUUCACAAGUGAUUUUAUAACACAAAAAUGGAAAUAUACGGUGAUGUGAAGAACUACGAUUGGGGCAAAUUAGGCGAAGAAUCAUUUGUCGCCAAAAUUGCAGCUUGUCACGACAGGAGAUUCGUGCUCGACCCGAGCAAACCUUACGCCGAGCUCUGGAUGGGAGAUCACAGCAGUGGUCCGUCCGUUGUUAAAGCCACCGGUGAGCCAUUGGGUGCCACUAGUGGGACGAAACUGUCCUUCCUGUUUAAGGUUCUGAGCAUUCGUAAGGCGUUGAGUAUUCAGGUUCAUCCUAACAAGGUUGAAGCAGAAAAACUACAUGCCAGUUUUCCCGACACCUAUAAAGACCCCAACCACAAGCCCGAACUGGCAAUUGCACUGACCGAGUUCAAAGCGAUGUGCGGUUUUCGACCGUACGAAGAAAUCUAUACCAAUUUGAAAAGUUGGCCGGAGAUAGAAGUUUUACUCGGAGCGGACAAACUGCAAAUGCUGAAAUCGGGCGGUGAAGACGCCUUGAAGGAUGCUUACUCCACUCUGAUGCACAGCCCACCGGAAGAUUUGAAGCUAUGCACAACCAAGAUGCUUGCUCAGAUUCAAGCUAAAACCAGCCGAUCCGAUUUGGAGCAAUUAUUCCUGAAGCUGCAUGAGGAUUUCCCCAACGACGUUGGUCUUCUGUCAAUUUUCUUCCUAAACAUUCUCGACCUAAAACCGGGCCAGGCAAUAUACCUCGGUGCUAACGUGCCACACGCGUACCUAGCUGGGGACUGCAUCGAGUGCAUGGCGUGCUCUGAUAACGUGGUUCGCGCUGGUCUGACCCCCAAAUUUAAAGACGUCGAUACGCUGCUUCGGCUGCUGGAUUACUCGGGUUCCCGAGCCGAAGACAAAAUCUUUCACCCAGUGGUGGCGGAUGCCCAGAAACGACCCCACACGAGAAUGUUCAUUCCGCCGGUGAGCGAUUUUUCCGUGGCUGAGAUAAAGAUACCCAAAGGUGUUACUGGGUAUGAGUUGAGGAAUGCACGUGGCGGUUGCAUUGUUCUGGUUUGUGCGGGAAAGUGUGCAAUCGAAUCGUCUUCGACGGGAUUCCGGGCGGAGCUGGACUUUGGCAGUAUUUUGUUUUUACCGGAGAGCGAAGGGGAUAAGUUCGUGCUAACGAUUGGGGAGAGUGAUGGUGACUUUGUCGCCUAUCAGGCUAUGACGAAUGAUUUCUGUAUAGGAGGGGCAAAAGACUAGAGCUGGAUGAUAUUGAUAAGAAAAUAAUAGUUUUGAUUGUCUUUUCCUCCGGAGAGAUUUGUGUUGAGUAUUACAUAAUUUUGUUAUCAAUAAAAAAGUCGA